GUCUGCUGGCUGACUGUCCUCUCCGGGGGGAUCGACAGAUAGGCUAGCCCUCCAACCUGGGAAUUCUCUCUUCCUGCCAAAUGCUUGUUGUUAAUCUUGUGGGAUUUGGGGGAAAAGAAGACAAGAGUUGGAUAUACCUUUCAUGACGGACUGACAUUUUUUGGUAGCAUUUGUCUGCUUUUUUGUCCCGCUGAAAGUGGUAUUUCAGUUUGGAUACUGAGAGGACGUGAGAAGAAAUACAUUUUCCCAGAAUACAGCUAACCAGGUUUAAGUUUUAGCCCUAGGGACAACCUAGGGAUACGGACAAGGGGAAAGCCAAUCAGAAGUGGCUGAGGCCAUCCCUCCUGACAGACCAUGGGAGACAGGUCUGGGAGAAAACUAGCUGCUGCAAAGAGACAGACCCAGCUACUGGUGGUGAAGGGUCUGGAGGAUGUGGAGGUGUGUGAGAGUGAGGGUUGCUCCUUCGAGGUGACCCUCAACCUGUCCUACAUAGAUGGCACUUGGACCAAGGACGGGGUCAAGCUCAAGUCCAAGCCUGCCUGUCGCAUCACUGCCCAUCGGAAUAAACACACUCUCACCUUCACCCGGGUCACCGUAGGAGACACUGGCCUGAUCUCCUUCCAGACUGAUGGUGCCCAAAGCUGUAUUCAUACCUCAGGUCAACUCAUUGUCAUAGCCAGAGACAUCCAGAUCGUGAAGGAAUUGGAGGACGAGGAAGUGACUGAGAGGCAGAGUGUGACCUUCCUAUGCGAGGUCAACUAUGAGAAUGUGGACGGGCGCUGGUACAGAGACAACACCAGGGUCAAACACGGAGACAACGUCAAGAUCAGCCAUGAGGGUAAAACUCACACCAUGUGCUUCAAGUCUGUAAGGCCAGCAAAUGCUGGGGAGAUCAAGUUCACUGCAGACAGGGUCUCGUCCUAUGCAAUUCUCACAGUAAAAGGUAAACAACAGCUAUUUUGA